AUGUUGUGGUGGCAGCAGCAGGAGGUGCCAGACGGCGUCCCCACGAUGGUGCCGUCCGUCACCCGAGAUGCUGCUUGGAUGGCAAUUUUGGCACACUCCUGCAUUGGCAGUCUUUUGGAAUGUGGGUUCACGAGCCCAUUUAAGGUUCACGUCAUUUACGGGUGGCACAGCUGCGCCUACCUCCUCCAGGGGGAGGAGAAGACGUACUGGUAUCACGAGAGGGGGCAGGUGACAAGCCCGACGACGCCCGUCUUGUGGGAUGAUGUCGAACCGCCGCCUGAUCUUCAAGCUCAAAUGGAGCUGGACCAGGGGCAGCGGCGGCUUUGGCACGUCUACAAGACCCAGUACGAUAAGAGCCUGGCCUUCUGGUUCGACAUGCAGACUGGGUUGCGGCUCUCCUACAGCAGCCUCGAAGAGGCCUUCGAGAGGAAGAAGCUGGAGUUGAGCCAGAAGGCGAGGCAGGAGGCGGCGAAGAAGCGGAG